CAUUAUUCAUUACAAAUGAUGAAAUUAUAUAUUAUAAACUGAUUAUGAAAUAAUGUCAAUAAUUUUUUUUGAAAUUUUUUAAAUUAAAUCAUUAUAGUCUCAUACUUUUGUGAGGUUUUGUUAAGUAUUUUAAAUAUUUUACUAAUUUAUAAAAAAUGUUUUCGUCAGAUGCAAACUACUCGAAGCUUAAAACUAAUCUUAGAUUAGCAUUGAAUCGUUUAAAGCUUUUAGAGAAAAAGAAGGCCGAGCUUGCUCAAAAAUCGAGAAAAGAGAUUGCUGAUAUGGUUGCUGCUGGUAAGAGUGAACGAGCUAAAAUACGAGUCGAACAUAUCAUUCGAGAAGAUUACUUUGUUGAAGCUCUAGAAAUUGUUGAGAUGUACUGUGAUUCAUUAUUAUCGAGAUUUGGCCUACUUCAGCAAUCUAAAACUUUAGAUUCAACUUUACAAGAAUCAGUAUCAAGUUUGUUAUGGGUAUCUCCACAUAUUCAAGCAGAUAUUAGUGAAAUGAAAGUUAUUUCAGAUCAGUUAACUCAGAAGUUUGGCAAAAAAUAUGCUGAGUCUUGCAGGUCAGAAAAUAUGGAUACAGUCUCACAAAAACUUAAGCAUAAACUGAGUUUAAGACCUCCUCCAAAAAUCUUAGUAGAAAAGUAUUUAAUUGAAAUAUCUAAAAAUUAUCGUGUACCUUAUGAACCUGAUUUACAAGUUAUGCAAGAAUAUGAACAAUCACACAGUAUUGAUUCUAUUUUAUUUGAUAAUCAAAACACUGUAGAUGGAGCUCAACGACCAACUGGAUUUAUUGGUUUUCCUCAACAACCUAUUCCAAUUAUACCACCCAUGCAAAUGCCACCAAUUAGUUAUCCUAACAUGUCAAACAUGAGCUCAAUGCUAGAUUCUACACCAUUAGAUUUUGAUAUUCCACCAUCUGGAGCUAGUGCACCAACACCAGUAGUCAAGGACCCACCUAUACCAAAACCUCGUUCUUCAAACAAUGUUCCACAAAAUAAUUCUAAACCCAACCCAUUAAUGCCUAAUAAAGGACUUGGUUUUUCAAACUUACCAGACCUUCCGAGCGUACCUACAGAUAUACCAACAGGUGAUAUUAAGGAUAAUGGUGAUGAUGACGAUAAUGAAGAUGAUGGAGAAACUAAUUUUGAUGACCUUUUAAAUCGGUUUGAAGAUUUAAAGAAAAAUAAAAAAUAAGAAUAAAAUAGUAAUAAAUUGUUGUAACACAAAAAUAUCCUAAACAACACAAAUAGAUGUCAUUGCUUUUCAAGUUAGAGUUCAAGGUUUCUAUUUCUUCAUUUUUUUUUUUUGCCAAACAAGUUUGGUAUAGCAGGUCUUUGUGUAGGCUUUUGAUUUUCAUCUCCAUUCUUUUGAUUUGUGGGAUUACCUGUUAAACCUCCUAAUAAAGAUGGUACUCCUAGGUUAGGUUUUGCAAUGUUAGGCGUUAAAUUGUUCAGUUGUGGUGGUUUCAAAACAUUCCCAACUGCGCCUAUAGGAUUUCUAAAUAUAUUCAUUGUAUUUUCUUUGACAUCUCCCAAAACACCUUCAUUUAGUAAAUUAGGUACUGUUUUCAAUAUAUCUUUAAUUCCAGGAAAAUUACAAGUUGAUGAUUGAAGUAUGUCUGGAACACCUGCCCAUAAUCCUACUUCACAAAAUCUAAAUUUUUUCUCAAUUCGAGAAUUUUCACUGAGUAUUACAUAUUCAGAUUGUUUAGCAGAUGUAAAUGAUGGCCAUUCAUCAUCCAGUUUGGAUAAGCUUGGUUUUCUAUAAUAUAAAUUAUAUCAUUCAUAAAACAAUCAAUAUUAUAAU